AUGGCUGGGAAAAUUGCAUGUUUUGUGGUUUUGUGCAUGGUGAUGGUUGCACCCUAUGCAUCGGAGGCGUUUAGCUGCGGUCAAGUUCAGGCCGGAGUGGUUAAGUGUCUCCCUUAUUUGCAAAAUCGCGGCCCCGUGGGACAGUGUUGUGAUGUUGUUAAAGGUCUCCUGAAUUCUGCUAAGACAACACAGGAUCGUAGAACUACAUGCUCUUGCCUUAAAUCAGCUGCUUCUAUUAUAAAGGGCAUUGAUAUGAGCAAAGCUGCUGGUCUCCCUGCUCUUUGUGGUGUCAAAAGUCCCUUCAAGAUUAGCCUCUCCACUGACUGCACUAAGGUCCAGUGA